AUGGCGCCUGUCACACGAAGCCACGAUGAUUUUGCAGCGAUCUGUACAGAGAAACUACCCGUCCAGACCCUAAGAGAUCUUUUCAGAUACACGAAGAGCUCUGUAACCCUGGUUGCCAGUCAAGACUUCUCCGUCCUGCUAACUGAUAAGGCGGAGGAUCUCUCAAAGUUGGACUCUGUUGAGGAAUUCACUGAUACCAGCCUCGGCAACUAUGAAGAUGUUGAAAGAUUUCUGAAGCUGGCUACCCAGACGACCGGUAUCAAAACAACUGGUUUCGUGUUCUUGGAUCGGGGUACCGCCAACGACGGCACUACUUGCUGCAUUACAAUAGAUGGAAGACAGGAUAAGAAUGCGGCAUCGGGCUGGAUUGGAUUCCGCUGCGACUUUGCCUCGAUUGUGCCAGCUUUGGAAGCACUCGAGAGGGGCGUCUCAGUAGUAGAGUUACGGAACCAAUCAGCUAUGGCUGGUGGAGUUUGGAGAGAGGAUAGAGUUAGAGUCCAACUUGAGCGAACCUCACCCCUGGACACAUCAAAGUUCCCACGCCACGAUGAUUGGAAACCGGUUUUCGUCGACGGCCCUGACCUCCAGUAUACUGUGUUUCGUACUGCUAAAAUCAGCAACCAGACUCUCAACAAGUUUCUCGAACGAGCCUACGACCACGAGUGGAGCUCGGCCAUUGAUCCCCGGGUUGCAUUUAUUACCAAACUCACGCCCCCAUUCACAGACGGGUUAGCAGAUCCACCGCUGGCUUCGGCACCAGGCUUUGCUGAAGAUUUGUGCGGUGCCAAGCCAAGUGAUUGCGAUGCAAUUGUACGCAGCUGCUUCAUGGAUAACACCUUAAGCCCUAAACUUGACCGCCACCGAUUUAUCAUCAUGGAUGAGUUUACUGAGACCGACGAGACGGUUAUCAUGGCACUGAACUUUGAACGUAAUGGACAGUUAAUCCUUGUUCGUUCUGAUUUCGAGAACGGGUUCCUAACUCUAAUGGCCCCUGGACAGACAGGCUCAAGUAUGGACUCAUUUGCGGAUGAAGCAAGCAUAUCACCACUUGGUGUCUGGCGGGCGAAGUGA